UUUCUCCAGAAUGCCAGUGUAUUUGAUGCUUCGGAGCUUACGAUCAUGCGGGAUAGUCUUGGACUCCUUCGUCAUGAUGUCCACCUCCUCCACAGUGACAGCCUCGAUCAAUCUCAUCAUGGCAGGCCUGUCAUCCUCACCCAGGUCCAUGGUGGUGGGCGUGGCCGACCAAGGCUUGUCAUCGACCCGACGUGGCUCCGCUGGGCAUAUGGCCACAAGUCUAUCGCGGAUAUAGCGCGUUUUUUAAACAUACACCGAUCUACUGUACGAGCUGCUCUCAUUGAGUAUGGCAUCAGCGAGUGUCGGUCUGAUCCAUUCGCUGGACGCGAAGAUACUAGCUCCCGGGUCACCUCCUAUACCCAACCUCUCACUGACAUCAGUGACGACGACCUUGACACCGCUGUCCGGGAGCUCCGGCGAUUGCCUUCUGACGUACGCGGUGCAGGUCUUAUUCGCUGGCGCAUCGUCAUACAUGGAUUCAUUGAUGGCUACUCAAGGCUUAUUGUGGGUCUGCGCGCGAGCAACAACAACCGAGGCUCGACCGUUCUUGAUGUCUUUCUCAACGCC